AUUUGAAGAGAAAAUGUCUGAAGAUAACAGAACGCUUUGGGUUGGAGGCCUGGAUGACGGAGUCACAGAAGAACUUCUUUAUGAAUUAUUUCUACAGGUAACCACAACGUAAACAUUUAUGUAGAAUUAAGUAAUCUUGUAUUUAAGUGCCAUUAAUUCAAUACAAACAAAGCUGUGUAAUUAAUGAAAAUAUUCAUAAUUUUAGGCCUCACAUAAAUCAAAAUCAUAAGUCAUAAGUCUCAGACUUAGUCUGAUAAAAUAAUAAUAAUAAUAAUACUUUGGACUUAGUAAAUUUUGGGUUAGCGGUAUGGUCUUGGAUUUUUGCCAAGAGUUGUCUCACACUAAGUGCAAUGAACAAACUCAAAUUUUCGGUUCAUUUGGAGAGAUAGUACCGUGGCCGCCAUUUUGGUUGCAGUGAUCAGCGAACUUAUGGCCUUAAUGUAUCCCUAAACCGAACCUGAAACCUAAUUCUAUUCCUAAGCCUAACCUGAACCGUAAACUUAUCCCUAAUCUGGGUUUUGACCCUAUCGGAAACAGGGUUUUGACCCUAUUACUAUUGCUAUCGGAACCAGGGUUUUGACCCUAUCAGAACCAGGGACAAAACAUGCAAAUCAAUAAAGCAACAUCAGUUUAAAUGGCACUUCAAACUGGAACAACAGGAUUUUUUCAUAACCCGCGCUGAAGUUGUAGACUACCUAUUUCACCAUAAUCCUAAACCCCUCCCCCUACUUUUGAUACAAAAAUUAGAAACCAAAAAAAUAUUCUAGGGAGGGGAACUGAGCUAGAGACGGAAAUUGAACUGGGUGAAUCUCCAUGACUGUCAACUCCUACUGUCUUCUUGGAUUGAUUACAUUCGUCAGUUCUUUCAUACGUUGAAGCGUCGUACUAUUCUCACUAUCAUUGAACUAACUCAACUCCUUUUGAUAAUAACUAUAACUUUAAUAUCUAUGUAAAUAUAGUACACAUACACUUGAAUAUAUCGCAGCUCGCUAUCAGACCUAAAUAACACAUCCUAUCACUUUAAAGUUCCACUCAAGACUGCCGUACGACUAAAACAUACGUCACAAUACUGCAUAGACAAUACGUCACGAAUCAGCACAAAAAUACGUCAUAGAGACAAUGGCGGGAAGAGCGUUCACUAACUAUAAUAGUCAAGCGCGGGAAAAGCGUUCAACAACUAAUGAACAUAAUAUUGAUUCGCAACAAUUACUAAUGAAUGCUCAUACUCGACAAUGACCAUGGAACACUUUGCCGGCCUUACCACUAACCCUAAACUAAAUCAUCCAUAAUUGAUAAUAAUGAAAAAUUCAUUUAUUACAAGAAUUACAAUUAGCCGUUUUAACCUAUUUUCAGUUGUGUGCAUUCAUUUAUUUUUUUUUAAAAAGAAAAGUUUUAAAUUAGAAUAACUUAUUUCAUUAUUCAUAGGCCUAGGGAUGGUAAUCAGUAAUCCCUUAUUUUAGCGCAGUAAAUACCAUAAUUAACUUUUUUUAAAUAAUCAAAAAAUUAAAAUUAUUUUUAUAAUAAAAUAAAGUCUUUUGUUCCAAUAUGUCAACCAUUAAAAACAUUGUACAAGAUCAAAUAAGUACAUUUCAUGAAUCUUUUGUUGUUCACAGCACCAUUGUGGUAAUACAAGGAGAACACUUUAGUUUUCAAAGAUACAUUUUUUUGUGUAGCCCUAUUGGGUGUCUCUAGGACUAGAUUUAAAUAAAUGUAAUUACUAUAUGUUUUGUCUAAGUCUCUCAUGUUCUAGGCAUUUUGGAAACUGUGGGGCCAAUCAUGCAGGGCUGUGUGAAGGUGCUACUAACCCUGGGCGUCAAUAUCUGGGGGUGCAUUUUUUUAUAUGCAUGGGGCUGUGUUUUAAUGUUGUUCCAUCAGGUAACUGUGGGGAUGAGGGUUAAUUUAAAUUAUUCAAACAUAUUUGUUUGUCAAUGGCAUUUACUUUAUUGUGCUAAAAUAGUAGAUUACCCCUGGGGAUUGAGGUUAGCCAAAUACCAUCUUUCCAUAACAAAAGAAAAAAUACACGAACGACAAAUUGUUCUAGAACCAAAAAUAAAAAGUUCCAUUCUUCUUUUGUUACUAAUGAUUAAUGCUCAGUGCAAUUGAGUAAGAUGUGUUUAUCACAAUAAAUACAAGUAAAUUUUGGGAAUCCAGUACCAUCCACUUUCCCUGUGUUGAGUACUACAUUGUUUUGAGAUGGCCGCCAUGUUUGUUGCCAUGUCUAUGUUCAUUGGGACUAUAUAGACAGUGUGUUUUAAGUACUUAUUGAGAUACACUAAAAUAAGAAAAAUUAAGAGAAUUUUUAAAUAAAAAUUGGCAUAACAUUUUGUCCGUGGUGAAUGUAGCAACUUUAUUGUUUUGAUACGUGGAGGGAAGAGUCAAUAACCUGCAUUCGCCCCCUUUCCUGACAUAAUUUAAACCAGUAUUUUAAUAACAUAGCUAACAUAGCAACUUCAUUGUUUCUUUCUGCAUAUAAGGGAAGAAGUGUCAACAGCCUAUGGUCACGUCCUUCCCUCAAGUAUCUCUUAUCGUAACCAUGUGUGCUACAGUUACACACUGGUGAGAAAAGCAUAAAAAUAAAUUUAAAAAAAUUUUUUUUUUCAAACAACAAAAUAAUGAAAACCCAACUUACAGUUUCAUGGCAUGCACUUGGACACACUUAAUUACAGGUUCUACUGAAAAUAAAAUCCAAAAGAUGUCAUUAAAGUUAAAAUCCUUUAAUGAAAAUGAUCAGACUUCUGUUACAUCAGGCUCGGUUUCAAAUACAAUUAAACUCACUUUCUAAUAUUAAUUUUAAAAAGUCUACAUUCCUUGGGGUAUUAUGAUUUUAAAAAAUGAAAAGGUAACUCUAGUAACAAUUCACAACAAAAAAGGGGAGUUCACUGAUGCACAGAAACUCAGAGUGGUACCAGAUUUCCUUAAUUAUCCUAAAUAUGAAUUAGGCCUAUGCCAUAUGGGACAGAGAUUUGAGGCCAUGUUGAUCACUAUUUAUGUUAAUGUUACCCCAUUCUUUGUAGCCCCCAUCAUUGACGUCAUCAGCAAAAACAGCAGGCAUGUAUAAUAAAAAUAUUUAAAAAAGAGCUUAAUAUGUAAAAAAAACUGUCAAAACUGUGACCCGGUGGGACCAGUUGAGACCUAGAAAAUAUUGGGGUUUCAGGGGGCACAAUUUGUUUUUUUUGACAAUGCACACACAAUCAAUUUUACAAGUUCUGUUAGCGCCCUUACGCAGACAACACUCCAUUGUCAUCAGAUUACAAAAGAAAAAUAAUGAAAUUUUAAUAAAUGUCUAUAAUUGCUGUGCACAGUAUGUAAUAAAAAAACAGCAACUGAGACUAUCUGAGGGAAGGGGCAAUCGCAGAUCAUCGUCUGGUUUUUCUGUAUAUCUUCUGAGAGACACUAUAAAGUUGUCUUACUCUAGUGUUCAUUCAGAACCACAUUCUAUGUAUCGACAGUAAAUAUCGCCAUGUAUGUAAAAGAAGGACAAUUAAAAAUUAAGCCAGAGUGAAUAAGGAUUGUUUUCCGGUUUACAAAAUAUUGAUAACCUAAAGAGAAAUAUCAUCUAUUCACUCGACCUCUGCACCUUUCAGAGUAGACCAUAAUAUUAUAAUAUUGUUAGCUAAAUACCCCUUUAUUUCACUGAAUGCACAUUUAUAUCUAUUUUAAAACAAGCAUUAAUUUGUUAACUCAACAAGUAUUCAAGGAAAUAAUUUUAAUAGUUUCAAUUACUUUUUUAAUAAGGUAACAGGCUGGCAAUAUGUAACAGCUUAGUGUCUCAACAUUAAGUGGUGCAGCACAAACUGUAUAGACAAAUAAAGGGACACAUGAACUCGCAUUGAAACAAAAUUCAUAGCUCAAAAAUACUGAAGCUAUCCGAUGUUGGUUUCGUAUUUUAAAUAUGCUCCUGGUUAGUAGUCUAGUCUAUGAAACUGUAUAAUUGUCUGCUGUUGAAAUAAUUAUGUUUUUGCAGUAGCUGCUAAGGCUUCAUUUCAUUCAGCAUGAAUUAGGUUUAGGUCUUUGUGUGGAAGGAAGCAUUGCUCUCUACCCAUUAUAUAGUGUGCUGUCUUUGUGUGGAAGAAAGCAUUGCUCUCUACCCAUCAUUUAGUGUGCUGUCUUUGUGUGGAAGGAAACAUUGCUCUCUACCCAUCAUUUAGUGUGCUGUCUUUGUGUGGAAGGAAACAUUGCUCUCUACCCAUCAUUUAGUGUGCUGUCUUUGUGUGGAAGGAAACAUUGCUCUCUACCCAUCAUAUAGUGUGCUGUCUUUGUGUGGAAGGAAACAUUGCUCUCUACCCAUCGUAUAGUGUGCUGUCUUUGUGUGGAAGGAAGCAUACCCAUCAUGUAUUGUGCUAAGGGGGCUUCACCCUGUACCUAACACUGGCCAUUUUAGACAAAAAUAAGUGAAAUCUAUCUCCUAACCAAGGUCAUACCCUAAAUUUAUUUACACACCUAGGCUUUGGGGGACACAUUUAAUUUUUUGGGGAUACAUUUAGUUUCCGGCGCCCAUAGGAAAUGUAUGCAUUCUCUCACCAAUCUCCACCACAUGUCAUAAAAUUCCAAAGCAUACAAAUGUUCAUGUUAUCUCCCAUUUGCCGCUCGCAGAAUCUUAGCAUAUUUGCGUCAUUCAUAAAUGGGUAGAUCAUAUUUUAGAAAUAAAAAUUGCUUGUUUUAAUUCAGAUUUGAUCCAUUUCGAGUUGUUUUUUACACUGGUCCAUAGCAAUUUCUAAAAAUGGGCUCAGAUGAGGAGUUUGAUAGCAAUUUAGAUGUAACUAAGCAUGAUGCUUCAGUUAUUUAAGAUAGCUGUAGUUAUACAUCACCAGCACCCCGGGUAGAUGGGACCUGUUAACCUAUGAUGGCAACUCGUCUAUGAGAAGGCAACUCUGAAAUCAAACCCAGAGAUGGACUCCCGAAAGGCGGAUAACAUUGGUACAUUGAAGCAUUCCGACAACUCCUGCGACGUCUCUGGUGCCAAGCUCUUGAUGUUUCCUUGGGUUAUCCAGUGGCAUGGAGAGAGGUGAUUUGCUGUUGGGAAGCAGCUUAUAAUCCUUGAAGAAUAAUCCCAGGCCUUGUGGAUUUCGACCUCCGAAGCCCACACCAUCGUCACAUUGUGACGGACGGAUGCCAGCAAGUUUUACAGAUUUCUGUAUUUAAAUUAAUUUAUUAAAAUAUGGCCAGUGUUGCCAAAGUUACCAAGUUCGGUUUCAAGAUAUAGAAUAGAAGCCUCAUGUUUUCACUGUGCUGCCGUAAAGAUAGAUUUGGUUGUUGUUGUUUUUUAAAACUCUAUGCACUGUGUGGAUAUAAAGUGUUAAUGUUAGUUUUCAGCUGGGUUAAAAAUAAAAUAAUACAUACCUGUGCAAAAAGAAUGUAUAGCCUAUAAUUUUCAAUGAUUUCAGCUCUGAGUAACGUAUAGUUUUACAACAAAGAAGAUCGUGCCAGCUUUUAAAUUAACACGUUACAUUAAGCCCUGCCGUAGUAAUAAAGAGGAAUUAUGAGGGGACGUUGUUAGUAAUAUUAAAUAUAUUUAAUUAUUUAAUAAAAAUUAAAAGAACACUACUACUGCAGUUAUUGUUAAGAAUUACACAAACAGAUUAUUAAUCAUGUUUUACUGUUCAAAGUAGUUACUGCCCUACUAUGCUGUCCUAGUAGUACUAUUAAUGAAUGAAAGCAGUGAAAACGAGCCCAGUUUCAAAAUUUAGAUGACCAAAGGGAUUUAAGUUUCCUGUUGUUCAACGUUGAAUUUAUUCACCGCCUCCUUUGAACAUGCAUCUUGUGCAAAAAUAUUUGUCUAAAUCCAGUGAAAAAUCAUACAAAAACAAGUACAGCCAGGCACCAGGCAAACGUAUUAAAGUCGCACUAAGUGCAGGUUGGUUAACUUAAACUGAACAUUUUUCAACAGUUUGGUUCUGUCCACUUUAUUACAAGUUCCAUCAAAAAUAAAUUCCAUACAAGGUAAGUACAGUCAAAUUCAAUCAAAUCUGGCCUAGAUGAAUUGUUAUCUCAUUUCUUCUAUUUUUUUCCCAGACAGGUCCUAUAGAACGUCUUAUUCUGCUGCCGGCAGAGGAAGGUGAAGAAAAAAAACAUGCAUAUGUUGUGUUCCAACAUGGUGAAUCUGUUCAGUAUGCUUCACAGGUAAUAGCUUUUAAAUGUCACUUGCUUCCAAGCCAUUUAAUUCAUACAGUCUUAAGCUCAAACAAGUUGUUCAGCUGUGUUUGGCUUUCUAAUAUAUUUCUAAAAACUUUUCAAGUCAGAGGAUUUUUCUUGAUAUUUCAGCACUAUGGUCUAGUCAUAAGUGUGGCCAUCUGUGGCUACAAAAAAAGUUUGAGACCUGUCUUAGAGCUUUUCAAAUUUGGCUUGAUUUUUUAAUUUGAUCUUAACUUUUUGUUCUGGGAUGUGUUGGUCUGAUAUUUUAACUUUUGGGUCAAGUUGAUCAAGUUAUUUUACCUAAUCUUUAUCAGGUGCUGGAAGGGUCAUCACUUUUUUCCAGUCCAUUAGUUCUGAAAGCAAGGUCACUCCCACAAGCCUAUAAGAAGCCCGCAUUUCCCAAUGGACAGGGCGGCAGAGGGCGAUUUGACAGCAGCUCAUUACGAGGAGGAAUGAACAAGUCCAGCACUUGGCAUGGAGGAAAUGAUUUCGCACCCAGGGGCAGAGGGAAUUUUAGAAACCGUGGCGGUGUUUCAAAUUAUCCUCAGAAUACUGGCUACAAUACAGGCUAUAGUAACUACCCCACGUCUGGUAACCAGGUAGGUGUUUCAAAUUAUUCUCAGAAUACUGAAAACAGAAGUGCACUGAAGUCAGCCAAUUUUUAUUGCUUUAUUUAAGGCACUUUCACAUUGUGCAUUUGUUGAGGCCACAGUUCUCAGUGGUCAAUGGUCACUGAUGCAAUUUUACCAUGUAGGUGUUCACAACAAGCAGGCACACGUCACAACCCUGGCUUCUGAUGUAGAACUGUUGUUUAGAAGUGUUCACACUAAGCAGGCACACUUCACAACCCUGGCUUCUGAUGUAGAACUGUUGUUUAUAUUUAUUUGUAUUAAAUUCAUGUGCUAGCGUAAUGGUCAGCGACCUGCUGCUGCAUGAGGCUGUUUAAAUGAAGAAAUUCAGCCUUUUUCUCUUAAAUUUUCACUAUGAUUUUACAUCACAUGCAUGGAAAAACUUAAAAUAAAACUCUUUAAUUAAUUCCAUUAUUUUAAACAAGAUCAUGUUCCUCUAAUCUUGUCUUGCCCACUCCUGUAAAAUCAAACUUCAAUUUAUUUCAUAAAUUUUAACUUCGAACCCCAAAAUAUGUCCAUUUGUAGUAGCAGUAGGGCUAUUGUAUACGAUUAAUACUUAAAUUUUGUCAAUAAGCCAGUGACAACCAACGUAUGCACAAUGAUAAAAAUAUGACAGGAUUGAGUCUGUACAUUACCAGCCGACAGUAUACUGCGACACUCAACAAACCAAUGAAAAUGAAACUUAUUCCCUGUUUUUCUAACAAUCAGUUUCAUGUCGCAGAAAGUUGAGAAUCUAUGUAACAAAUCCGCAGUGUGAACAUACCUUUAAAGACACAAUGUGUUACAUGCUUUUAUUAAAUAUUUGUUGCUUGUUUUCUGAACUUAUUUUUAAUUGGUUACCAUUAAUGUUAGUAAACACAUCACAUCUUUAUUUCUUGAACCAUUUAGAUGGCCAACUCUGCUUACUGGAUGACGGGUCAACAAGGCACAUCAGCUGAUGCCACACAAGUCACUGCAUACAGCACGUCAGGCACUUCUCUGGACGACAAGAAAACAAGGCUGAUGCAGCAGCAAAACAUGACUCUUGAUGCCCACCGACACAUACAGCAGGGUGUCAUGAACAUGGCCACCCAGAUGUACGGCAUGGCUCAGCCGGGUCAAACGGGAAUGUGGAACAGCAACGGAUACUCUGGCUCGAGUGGGAGCUGGAACAUGGGAGGCGCCGGGGACUCGUAUCAAGGCUACACAACGGAUCAGUACGGCAACUGGUAUCAGCAAUAAUGAUUUAAUGUCUUGUCUAUAUUAAAAUAAUUGAAACAAUGUGAGCCUGUGGGUACUGUUUUGGAUGUGAUGAUGUAGAUGAUUAGAUUUGUUAAGUGACACACAAGGGCUUCUACAUGGUCAAAUGUUUUGGAUGUGAUUGUGUAGAUGAUGAGAUUUAUGACGUGGCAUGCAAAAGGGGGGGGAGGUCUACUUGUUCGAACGCAAUCUCAGUUUUGUGAAAAUAUUCAGUUGAUUUUGUAAUUUUUUUUUUUUUUUUUAAAUCAUGGUUUACAUUUUCAUGAAGUCUGACCUGCCAAUGAGUCUUGGCCACCCAUUUUGUAUGGUUCCCUGGUAACAUUUAUCCCUCUCUUUUAAAAAAAAAUAAUUUUGUAAUCAGUUAUGAUGUUGGUUCAGAGCUACUUAAUGGCAGAUCAGUUGACAAGCUUGUCAUGUUAUUAAUCUGAAAGAGUUGUUAUUUAAAAAAUGGAAAGUUUGGUUGCAAAAUGUCUUUUGUUGUGUAAUUACAACUCCUUGUCAGGCAAGAGAGAUAAUUCCUGUUUCUUUUUCUCCCUUAUAGAAAAGAUGACAAUGUCAAAACUGCUUCUACUUGAACGCAUUCUUUUUUACCGGGAUACACAAACGUGUGUCAUCGUGGGUUUACACUAACUUUUGACAACAUGAUCUGUAUGGUACAUGUAUGUUCCGUCAAUUAAAUCAAUUUGUUCCAAUUUUUUUUGUUUCAUUUUCAUUUUUCAGACAUUUUGAAACUCAUGACUGUUUAGUCUGACCAUAUACUCUAGCUAGGGCCUACAAUGCUGAUUGAAGUGGGAAUAGUGGGGACUCUAAAUCAAGUUGAUAGGGAUUUGGUAGCAUCCAUAUCUCUCUCCUGAAAUAGGUCCACAAAAAUACAAUGUUAUCUGGCAUUGAUUUUCAUUUAAAGAAAUCAGUUGGUUUUUUUUAUAUUCCUUAGUUCUACUGAAAACAUGGUUAAUAACAGAAGGAAGUGUUAAUCUUGAUAUCCCAUCAAUGAGUUUUAUGCAGGUCAUGAUCCCCGACUAAAUAUCAUGUCCUUGUUUAAAAAUUAGUGCAAAGUGACUUGAGGGUAUGGCAUAAAGAAAUACUAAAUGAAGUGACUGGUAUGGCAUAAAGAAAUAUUAAUUGUCUGGCUAAGUUUCUGUUAUAAGUAUUUCAAUUGACAAGUUAACAGCUUGGUUGGAAAACUGUUGUCAAAUCUUUCUUGAAAAUUAAUUUUUGAAACUGAAAUUGUUUUUCCUUUUAGUUAUUUUGUUCCCCCAGAGUGGAUUCUUGUUUUACUUGCACUAGCGGCAGCCUUCUAACUUUGAGCAAUGCUCAUUUAGGCUCAUUUAGAACUUGGACUUUUACAAUUAAAUGUUAACGUUUCAUAGGUUUGGAUUCUGCCCCCUGUCUCUAAAAUUAGAACUUAACAUUUGUUUUGGUCAGCCAAUGUUCUGUUCAUUGUUCACUCAUCCAUUAACCAUUGCUACAUCAUGUUACCACCAGGUUUGACGCUGAAAGAGAUUACAAAUUUGAGGGUGAAAAAAGAAAUCGCAUCCCUCAAUUUUAUUCGGUUAUAUAUUUUUUGACACAUUGCAGUGGUGGUCUGCAGACAUGAAACACUACGCCAUUGCCAUUAAUAUUAAUUCAUUUUUUCCCUCCUCAAAAUUUAUGUUAAAUUUUUUUUCUCUCCAGAUUUUGUAAUUUUAUCUUUACCGCUCAUUUAAGUUUUAAAGCAAAUGUUUAAAAAAAUAAAAUCGUUUGACUUGAUGUCCUUAAACUUAAUUAUUUCCAAAUAAUUAUUUGAGAAAAGUUGGUUGGAUAGAAAGUAGUUACCCAGGUUGUCAUUACACCAUUUUCUGCUACUGGACCAUCUAACUUGGUCUUUUGUGAGAUUUAUUUAAUACCUGUAAUGACAUUUCUCUUUUUUAAUAGCAUUUUAAAAAUCUUUUGUAAGGAAUUUGGUAUCUUUACCUAUGAUGACUUGAUGGCAUCAUAUCAUGUGUAUUGUCUUACAUACUGUAGGGUAUAUCAUGGAUUAGACUUAACUAAUGACAAGUACAUUCAGUUUGAGAGAAUCACUCAGACAAUUGACAAAUAUAUUCAUUUUGAGCAACUUACUUGUAUAAUGACAAAUACAUGCAGUUUGAGCAACAUGCUCAGAGUUCCUCAAAAUGUUGUCAGAAAUGUUGAGUGAAUUGGUCAGAUGAAUGAAACGGCAAAGAAGGUGUUUCUGUAUGGGCCUAUUAGUCGUCUAAAGUAUGGGCCUAUUAGUCAUCUAAAGUAUGGGACUGUUAGUCAUCUAAAGUAUGGGACUAUUAGUCGUCUAAAGUAACUGAAAAUUUUGACAGCAUGAAAAAAUGACCACCAAAAAAAUGUUUUAAAAGAUAUCUAAACUUUUAUUAUUGAUAAUUGAUUAUUUAUAACUUGAUUAUUUCCCUCUAAAGAGUCUUGGAGUUGUCCAACAUUGCUGAGAAGAUCUCCCUUUAAGUUGACAAAUGGUUUGUUCAAUGAAAAAUGGGCCCCUAAAAAUUGGUGGUCAUUCUUAAUGUGUUGUCUGUUAAAUGUACAUUGAAAGAUGGGCUCCUGAAAAACUGUGGGUCAUUCUUAUGGUGUAGCCUAUCGUUCAAUGUACAUUGAAUGAUGGGCCUCUAACAAUCUGUGGUCAUUCUUAUGGUGUAGCCUAUUGUUCAGUGUACAUUGAAAGAUGGACCUCUAACAAUCUGUGGUCAUACUUACUGUGUUGACUUCUGUUGAUUGCACUUGCAAUAGAAACUUGAAUUGAUGACAUGAAAAGUAACAAACAGUGGUGGGCUUCUUGUGACUUUUCAAAGCAGGUUUUUGGGCCAUUUUUGGUUUACUUUAUAUUCAGACUGUACAGAGAUUUUUAUGACUUUAUGUUCAGUCUGUCUCUACUGAGAUCUUCUUUUCCAACUGUACAUUAUAUUGAUUUGAAGUGAUUCUAAGUUAAAUAAUGUAAUCUGAAGUUUUUAGUAUUUAGACCUGGAAAUGACAGGCAUAUAUCUUAAUCGGAUAAUGAAAUAAUGACAAGGGCAACAAUCUAUUUGGCUUGAGAAAUGUGCACAUUGGGCAGUAGCGAAGUGUGUCACAAAGGUUUCUCUCUGCACCCAGUAGUUGAUUAAAGACAGGACAUUGGUUACCUAGUGGUUGGGGUUCUUAUGAAGUGGGGGUGGUAAUGACUUUUUAAAUUGAGUUGAUGAGCUCCAGUGUCAACUGGCCCCUAAAUGUUUUUGAUUGAUUUUGUUUCAUUUGGACAUUCACAUGUGUUUAUGACUUGUAUAAUAAAAAAAUAUCAUUCUUAUCGCC